AUGAAUAAUUAGUCUUCAAAAUCUGUACGAUUCAAUGAAGGUCAUAAAGUAUUACAACCUGUCAAUACUAAUACCACAAGUUCAGGAUCAAGCAAAUCGUCUAAAGUGACUUCAGCCAUUCAAGAGUUGAGAACAUCUUUUAAUAAUUAAGCACAAAAGCUUACAUCUUCAAGAGUGUCAGAUCAAUUAAAUGAAUCAGUGGCUACAGUAACAAGAAGUCCUGGCCACUCAUGUGCUCCAAGCAUAUGUUAACCAUGCUAACCAAUGUGCCAACCAAUGUACUCAUCUGUCUGUUAACCAUAAUUUAUUUGUUAACAGCAACCUGUUUGUCCCCCAUAAGCAUAUGUAGUUUAGGGAGGGAAUGACUAAAGACAUUUAGAGAAAGAGAUCAAGAAAUUGAAAAAAUAGAAUAAGAAGUUGAAACAAAGCAAGGAAGAAAUAAUAGUGUCUACCAUAGCUGAGACUCCAAAAAAACAUAGACCAUAAUAACAUGUGUAAGAUCCUGAAAUAGAUACAAUCAAAAGAGAAAUUCAAGAGAUGGAGAGAAUAAUAAGAUAGAUGGAGUAAUAGCCAAAACAAUAGAGCAAUUCAGAGAUAGAGUUGUAUAUAGAGGACAAUAAGAAAUGUCUGAAAAAGAUGUGCAAAAAGAUUAAAUCACUCGAAAAGGAACUUUACGAAGUAGGUCGAUAAAGGGAUGAAGCCUUAAUAAUAAAGCAAUAGUUGGAGAGAGAAAACCAAGAAAUGUUUGAUAGGAUAGGGGAAUUAGAAUCAUUACUCAAGGUGGCUGAUAAAAAAGUCUUUGACUUAACAGUAUAAUUAGAAAGAUAAAAUGGUUACGUUAAGUAAUUAGAGGAUGAAGUAGAGAGGUUGAGAAAGAAAAAGAAAAAGAAGCAAAUUGAGAUUCAAGAAAGAGUUGUUGAAAAGAUAGUGGAGAAACCAGUUGAGGUAAUUAAAACAGUGCAUGUUAAUCAACCUCAACAAGUACAUGAUGUUAAACCAGUUGAGAUCAUCAAGGAAGUCAUUAAAGAAGUUCCUUCUGAACCUAAAAUUGUGGAAAGGAUAGUUGAAAUACCAAAAAUUGAAUAUGUGUAUCAACAAGUUCCUUAGUACAUUGAAGUUCCAAAAGUGCAAACUGUUGAAGUUCCUGUAGUUUAAAGAAUCGAAGUUCCUUAUGAGGUCCCUUAUUAUAGAGAUGUUCCAUAUGAAGUGAUCAAGGAAGUUCCAUAUGAAGUUAUUAAAGAAGUGAUCAAAGAAGUGCCAUAUGAAGUGAUUAAACAAGUCAUCAAGGAAGUGCCCUAUGAGGUGAUUAAGGAAGUUCCUGUUUAUAUCGAAGUGCCAGUGGAUAGAAUAGUGGAAAAGAGAGUUGAGGUGCCUGUCGAAAGAAUAGUUGAAGUUCCUGUUGAUAGAGUUGUAGAGGUACCUGUGCCAUAUGAAAUUCCAUAUCCUUAUGAGAGAGUUGUUGAAGUCCCAUAUGAGCGAAUAGUGGAAGUUCCAUAUGAAAAAAUAGUGGAAGUUCCCAGAGAUAGAUAUGUUGAUAGAUAUGUCGAUAGAUAUAUGGACAGAUACAUUGACAGACCUGUAGAUAGAUAUGUGGAAGUACCAGUUGAAAAGAGAGUGGAAGUUCCAUAUGAGAAGAUUGUUGAAGUGCCAGUUGAAAAGAUUGUUCACGUGCCUGUAGAGAAGAUUGUUGAAGUGCCUGUUGAAAAAAUCGUGGAAGUUCCUGUUGACAGAUAUGUAGAUAGAUAUGUGAGGGAUGAAUCAGAAUUAGAAAUGUUGAAUAUCGAAAAUAGGGAAUUACAAAGAAUCAUUGGUAUUUGGGAAGAUAGAGCCAACAAAUUAGAAAAUGAAGUUAUCAAAGAAAGGAGAAUAUCUGACAAAUUAAGAUUUGAUAUCGAAGAACUAGAAUAUAUGGUAGAGGAUGGCAGAGCAUUCAACAAUUAAUAAUAAGAACAAUUUAGACAUUAUUUGAAGGAAUUAAAAUCAAAAUAUGAAAGCAAAAUCAUUGAGGCUAGAAAAGGAGUCGUCAUUAAACACCAUGUUAUUCCUUCAGAAGUGCAAUAGACAGUUCCAACUUUUAUUUAAUAACCUAUAUCAACAGGCAUUUCUUAAAACUUGCCUCAAUUUGGUGGAUAAAAGAUUAACUAAUGA